AUGUCGAACCCAGAGGACUACACAGUCGGCUGGAUCUCCGCCAUUAUCACUGAGGCCGUGGCAGCAAAGCACUUCCUCGACCAGCGUCACCAAGAACCGCAGUUCGUUGCCCAGCAUGACAAUAAUGUAUAUACUCUCGGAAAAAUCGGCCGCCACAACGUCGUCAUGGCCUCGCUCCCGAAAGACGAGUACGGCACCACGACGGCGGCCACUGUGGCGAGGGACAUGCUCCAUAGCUUCCCUAAUAUUCGCAUCGGAUUGAUAGUUGGCAUUGGCGGCGGUGCACCGAGUAGGACGCACGAUGUACGACUGGGAGAUAUUGUGGUUAGUAGCAGAGACGGCGACAAAGGCGGCGUUUUCCAGUAUGAUUACGGCAAGACGAUCCAGGACCAGGCUUUUCAGCACACGCAGUUCCUCGACCAGCCACCAACCGUCCUGCGGGCGGCUGUGGGCGCCCUGGCGACUGAGUACGAGGCGGACGGCCACACCCUCGACGAGCAAAUCAACCAGAUCCUAGCGCAGAAGACUCGUCUUCGGA